GAAAGUUACAGGGCGAUUGUUUACUUCAACCGAUGAAUGAGAGUUGGGAGGGGCCUUGGAGGUCAUUUGUUACUUGGUGCACACGUGAUUCCCCAGACUUGAAGCCCGGAAUAAUUUUGGCCAUGGGACCCCUGGCUGCUUACUCUGAAUGGGAAAUCCAGUUCUGCUCACAACCAGCCAGCAGGGAACAAGGAAGCAGUUUGUGGUGCCGUAACAACUGAUCUUGGCUUGGCGCCCCUGGGGGAGCCUUGGGUGUCUUGGCACCAGCCCAGCAGAACCUCCUAAGUCACCCGCCUUUUCACCAGCAACCCCUUUUCUUCCAUUUGUAUUAUUCCACGGUCUCCAUUCUGGCUUUGCUUUGAAGCAGAUGAAGAAGAGUUAGCCGAGAGGCGGUUGAGUGGACAGAUGUGUGUCUUGAUGGACAAGGAAGCAGUUUGUGGUGUUAUAUCUGCUGAUCUUGGAGACCCCAUUUAAUAGCAAAGGUUAAAAAGCAGCCGCCACCAAUAAAAGCCAGAGAGGGUCCUGGGCAGAGCUGGCAAGCGAGCGGCUCUCUUCCUGCUCUGCUUCAUGGCCGCAACCUGCGGAGAGGCAGAGAAGUCCACCUGCCCAGAAGCCCAGGUGGUGGAGCUGAAUGGCAACGACAAGGUGAUCAUCCUGCGGGGGUGUCCAAGCUCCCCUGGGUUACCAGGGACCCAGGGACCCCCAGGCUUUCCUGGGGCCAAAGGUGAAAGGGGCUUGCAGGGAAUCCCUGGGGAAAUUGGACCCCCUGGGCCAAAAGGAGAAAAGGGGGAGGCAGGGAAGCCCGGAGAGAAAGGGGAUAAAGGUGACACAGGAGCAAUUGAUGAGGAGGGGCUGGAUGCUCUCCAGUGCAAGCGAGGUGCCCGAAGCUGCAAGGAGCUCUUGGCCCAGGGGGUGGUCCUGAGCGGCUGGUACACCGUCUACCCCCAGAACUGCCGGCCCCUGCGGGUGCUGUGCGACAUGCACACCGACGGAGGCGGAUGGAUCGUCUUCCAAAGGCGGUCGGAUGGCUCGGUGGAUUUUCUCCGGGACUGGGCCGACUACAAGAAGGGAUUUGGGAGCGAGCUGACCGAAUUCUGGCUGGGGAACGACCACCUUCACCUCUUGACCUCUCUGGGAGAGAACGAGUUGCGUAUUGACUUCAUGGAUUUCGAAAAUAAAUUUUCCUUCGCCAAAUACGGAUCCUUCCGGGUGGCAGCAGAAUCCGACUGGUAUCGGCUGACUCUGGGCAACUUCACAGGGGGCUCCGCAGGCGACUCUCUCUCCAACCACAACAACAUGCCCUUCUCCACCCGAGAGAGGAAGCCGGACACUCUAAAGUUCAACUGCGCUGAGAUGUACAAAGGGGCCUGGUGGUACAAUGAAUGCCACUACUCCAACCUCAACGGGAAAUACUGGCUGGGACAACACGACUCUUACGCGGACGGCAUCAACUGGAGGACGGGGAAAGGCUACAAGUACUCCUACAAGCGCACAGAAAUGAAAAUCAGGACAGUGGCUUAGGGGGCUCCUUCAGCAGAUGGGGGUUUCUUCUGAGGGGUUCCAAAGGGCAUCUAGUCCAUCCCCUCUGCUUUUGAUUUGCUACCUUGACACAGAGCUUGCAUUUUAGAAAAUGUCCGUGAUUAAAUGAUCUUUAAACUGAAGGGCCUUUGCAGAGUUUGGGGGUCUUUGUCCCCCCUUCAUCUUUGCGGGAGUUGAGCAGCCAAUCUAUCCAAAAUUAAUAAAUAAAAUUAAUAAAUAAUUUUGCAACCCAGCCA